AUGGCCGGGGCCGCGGCAACAGCAGCAACGACCCUCCUCCCCGGCCUCCCAGACGAGAUCGUGGUAUGGGAGAUCCUCGUCCGCCUCGACCCCAGAUCCAUCCUCCGCAGCCGCGCCGUCCGCCGCGACUGGCGCUGCGCCACCACCAACUGCCGAUUCCUCCUGGCCCACCACGCCCGCCAGCCCGCCCUCCCCAUCUUCUCCAGCGACAGUCACCGUAACAUCCUCACCUUCGACCACCGGGCCGCCGCCGCGUCCCAGCUCCACACCAUCGCUCAGCUUACUCUCUCCCAGCCCUUCAAGCUCGAGGCCUCCUGCGAUGGCCUCAUCAUUAUAUCCAAGCAUGAGAUGGCUGGCCCUCGCCCCGGCCUCAGCUCUCGUACCCUCCUGUCCGUCUGCAACCCGGUCACGCGUCAGCAUGUCUCCCUCACGCAGCCACUGUGGGACUUCAACAUCUUGGGGAUGUACCAACACCGCCCUACCGGUGGGUACCGGCUGUUACUGCAAGGAACGAGCUUCAUGGUAUUCGACACAAUGGCUGAGUCGUUUCGGCAGAUCCGUGCUCCCCUUGUUCCCACCAACUCAAGUAUCUUUGAGAUGGAUGACAUGCUUGGUAUCUAUAGCUGCAACAAGGCCAAGAAAAUUGUUGAUAUAUGGGUGCUGCAGAACUAUGAAAGUGAGGUUUGGGACUUAAAGUACCGGGUUGAUUUGCCAACCGCAGAAAUCUGGGGUAAGUUUGAAGGCAUUGAUGCUGAUAGCUAUUGGUAUGUGACCGUUGUUUCGGGUGAUGGUGUCGUGCUCUUGCUGGUCAGUUUUGCUGGCAACAAAAAGAGGCAGAUUCUCCUCCUUCCUGAUUUGCAGGUUGCACCAGACUUCUGGAAGACCUUGGAGCACUACUGGGCAGGUGUUGUACAGUACUGUCGCUAUAAUCUGUCCAGAGUAUCGUAUGAGUGGAUUGGAUCUUUCCUGGCAGCUGGCAGUGAAAAGAGGAAAAUUUUCCUCCUUCCUGACCUGCAACUUGCAUUUGACUUCUAA